GGGGUAAAUUUCAGUCCAUCCACAGAAUCGUUCGCGAGAAGUUUAUUCCGAUUCGCGGGAAACAGUUUUGAGUGGUGUGAAAAUCCACCUUUGGCUCGGUUCGGUCCAACAGUGCUUUUGGGUUGAAAGAUCAAAUGACACUACGAUACGGGAUAGUUUUCUUAGUGUUCACGCGGGUGGCGUGAAGUGGGAUAUUUUAAGGAAAACUAGUUCUGCCAAAACUAUGCAUAGUUAAUGAAGAAGUCCAUAUACCGAUGAACCUAAAAUUCUUAAACCGCAACCUGUUUUGAGAUAAAGUUUUCCAUCGCGUACGCCGCUCAUUGCUUCGAUUCUCGAAAAGGCGACCAGGUCUGUGUAAAUUAAUUACCCAAACUAAUCAUGAGGACCAGAAGUGCAUUCCUCUCUACGGGACCAACUUUUCCGGCCUUAGCGGUUGCGGCGUUCGCAACACUUUUGUCCCUUUUGUCAUCGUCCCCAGCGAGGACUCAAAUAUUUGCGUAUCAGUUGCCAACGAUUCGCCACAUCGAGGAGCAACCGUCGCAUCAUCUGCAGCAAGACAUAAUGGAUUUUAUCGACCUGAUUCCGUUUGACGACGUGCAAACGUUGAUGCAGUACUACUAUCACUACGACGCCGAAGUGGAAAACGCCUUCGAUUAUGUGUCCACCGAAGAUUACUCGCAAAUAAAGCUGGAAAUUAUGAACCUGAGCGAGGUGCAGAGCUUCCGACGAUACCUGGACGGCAUCGGAUUCAGCGUGGAACAGGUGUGGAAGGAUCUGUGCUUGCGUUUCGACGUGGAAGACGUGUUUGUCGAGCCGGAUGAUACAAUACGGAAUUUAAAUCUAACCACCCGGGGACUGAACGGAUUAGUCGAUGACAUAUUAGCACUGCUGCCACAGGACGAGAUAAUCCUGCUUUUCUUCGAUAAGCUCGAAACCAGCAACGAUUUCUCCUACUUUUUCGAGCAGAUCGGCAGCGGGGACUUUGAAAAUGUGCUCAACAUGCUGCAGAGCUCCCAACAGCUGAGAACCCUUCUGUGGCGGUUGCAGCGGCAUGGUUUCGAUAUUCCCGGAUGGAUUCAGCUGAUACAGGGAUACUUUAGCUUUAGUAGUUUCAAGUGAUGAAAAAAUACAGUCGGUAAGAUUGAAGUAUAA